AUGAUCGGCACCUUCUUUGCAAUCCUUGCUUCAGGUCACAUUUGGGUGAUUGUAAUGGUAGUGGCCAUCCAGAUCAUGGUUUACAAUGAAGUCAUUCACAUCGCAGAAGGACCUGCCAAAGAGCGCAGUUUAAGGUGGUUCAAGACCAUGAGCUGGUAUUUUCUGGUAUCGACAGCAUAUUAUCUUUAUGGCGAAUCAGUCAUUUAUUACUUCCAACAAGUUGUCCUGGUAGACGCUUCACUACUUCCCUUUGUUACCCACCAUCGUUUUAUUAGUUUUGUGCUUUAUGUGAUCGGCUUUGUUUUCUUUGUAACCAAUCUCAAGAAAGGCUUCUAUAAACGCCAGUUCUCGCAGUUCGGAUGGACACACAUGGCUUUAAUUCUUGUCGUAGUUCAGAGUCAUUUUAUUGUUAACAACAUCUUGGAAGGGUUAAUAUGGCUUGUAUUGCCAGCAUCUUUAGUGAUUUGUAAUGACAUCUUUGCCUAUGUAUGCGGUUUUUUCUGGGGUCGCACACAGUUAAUUCAGCUCAGUCCCAAAAAGACAGUCGAAGGAUUUGUGGGUGCCUGGAUGUGCACCCUUGUUUUUGGGUUUUUGUGGGCCUCUCUUCUUAUGCGAUCCAACUACCUUAUAUGUCCUGCCAAGGAUUUAUCUACCUCUGCAUGGUCUAAUGUUACUUGUGAGCCCAAGAACCCAGUAUUUACUGCUGUACCAUGGCCAUUGCCCGAAGCUUGGACUUCUAUUCUAAAAUAUGUGUUUCAAACAACCAUAUCUGAACUCUGGAUUGCUCCAAUCCAAUUACACGCUCUUGUAAUGGCAUGCUUCGCUUCUCUAAUUGCUCCUUUUGGUGGAUUUUUUGCCAGUGGUGUCAAGCGUGCUUUUAAUAUAAAGGAUUUUGGACAGAGUAUUCCUGGUCACGGUGGUAUGACGGACAGAAUGGAUUGUCAGUUUAUAAUGGGUCUCUUCUCUUAUAUGUACUACCAAAGCUUCAUAAAGACCUAUAAUUUGUCUGUGGGUGCUAUAUUGGCUACUGUAAUCAACAACCUGUCUGCUCAAGACCAAUUGGAACUUCUGGAGCGUUUCUUGACUUAUUUUGUUAACCAAGGCGUCCUGGAUCCCUCUGCUCUAGAAAAAUUCGGUGCAAGCAUAUUAUCCGAAAGUGCACGCGCAGUCUUUGAACAUUAA